GACAAAGUUUGAAUGUUGAUUUUGAAUUGACAGUGUGAUGGAUGAGUUGUCAAAGUUCAUCCUCGAGCAGAAAAACUUGAUAUACGAAGAAAAGAAGAAAUUGAACCUGAUACCAAUUGCCAGCCCACGUAGCGCCAUCUCCAGUGAUGAUGCCAAAUCAGAUCGUAAGAUGGUUCGCUACGGAGAAUAUUCACCCCUGAACCCAACUUGCAGAACAUCUAGCAAGCUGCUUCUGGGGAUUGGGGAGUAUGAUGAAAGGAAGCGCCUAUUAGAAGAAAAAAAGAAGCAGGAACAUAAACAGGUCCGCCCAGCUAGAAAAGAAUGCUCCCAACCAUCCAGUAUGCAAAAUUAUAUUGCGCCUGCAGCCCCAAAAUUCUCUUCCUCUGUUGCUGAUAAAUCUGUCCAAGUUGAAUGUGAUGCUGCCAAUGAUCAGAAUAAACUUCGUCGUACAUAUGUUGAUCAGUGUGUACAGGUGACUGAACCACCAGCAGUGGAUAUUCGUGAUGAUCUAUUGAAGGAUGACUAUGGAAUUCCAUACAAAAGCAAUCAAAAAAGAAAAUAUAUCGGUGGACUUCACGAUUUAGAAGUUGCUGCAGAUGAAAAGCUGAGCCUCAAUAUUGAAGACAGUACUGUAAAGAAUUCCAUUGAUUUUAGCAUGCUGAGCCCUAGAGAUAGGAGACUGAUGGAAUUUUGUGGCAGUGGCAGUUAUAACCCAAGCUUUUAUGAGAAGUGGAAAUCUCCUACAAGAACUGUUGCUGAAAAGGAUGCUGGUUUAGCUGCAGAGCACAUAGAUGGCCAUAUGGCUACAGAACAACUAAGAAAGCGAACAUAUCAAGAGGAAUUAAGGAAACAAAUUGAAGAAAAGCGACAACUGGAAGCACAGCAAAGGGAAAAAGAAAGAAGAGAGGAGGAAAUUAUUCUGAAAAGAGUUGAACAGCAGCAACUUAGAAUGAAAUUAGAAUUUGAAAGAGAGCAAGCUCAACGCAGACACAAAGUAGAGAAGCGAAUGCAUCAGUUUGAGUCGUGUAAGUCCAGCAAUGAACUAGACAACUGUACACUGAAAAGUAGCAGAUCAAAUAAUGAGAACCAUACUAAAUAUGAAAGCUCUUUGCCCACAAAAAUUGAAAAAAUUAAACAUUUGCCUCAGGGAGUGACAGACAAUGCAGAUUUUUCGAACGAAUGUGACAGUGCUUUUAACAUCAUCGCAGAUAAUAAUAAUGGCAACUAUUUAUCAGUUCUUGAAGUGUGUCAAACACAAGAUCUUUCAAAUAACACUGGAGAUGGAUCAAAGUAUAAAAAAAAUGAAAGACCUUGUUGGACUGAAAGAAACUGUGCUCCUGGUGCUACAGUCAGUGACAUAACACAUGUACCUGACAAUUUAGGCUGUAUCAAACAAAACUCAUCUCAGGAAACAAGUACGGGCCCUUCAGAAACUAGUGUGGAGGAUUCUUGCCAAUUUUCAUUAGCAAAAUUGUCUUUCAAUCCGGAGAUUUCCUCACAUGUAAGAAAGGAUACAGAGACUGCACAAAGGAAACGUCCAGUACCAACUCCAAGAACUAAAUCACUCAGUAACAGUUCCAGAACUGUCAGUAAUUCUGCACCCAAGUUACCUAGUGACCAGAGCCAGAUCCACUCUACAGCAGUUACGGCCGAUAAAGAAAAUCUUAAUGAUUCACUACCAAUUCCAAUACUAGAAGAGGCAAAUAGUUUUGGUUAUGAUAGCAGUGAAACUCCAGGUACUGAUAGGGUGAAGAGUGGAGCACUGUUGAGAACUGAAGCCAAAUGGAAGAUUCCUGCUGUUCAAAAGAACAUAAUACAGGCAGGAGACAGUUGUAGAGACAAAUACCAUGGCCGCAUUCUAACCCAACUAGGCGCUUUCAGGAAGCAGUUACAGUUAGACCAACUGAGAAUGGAAGAAAAGGUCAAGAUUGUGAGAACACAGUCUGAUGCUUAAAAGCCAAAUAAAUUGUUGUUUGUUAUGGAAUACUUUAUUUAUCUUGCACAAAAAAUGUUUAAGACCAAAGAAAAAUCCUUUAGUAUGCACUAUAAGUACUGAUUUAGAAUUUAAAUAUGCCCCCUAAUGUAAAUGCUUCUACUUCUUUAUGACUGGCAGUUGUAAGAUUUUUCAAAAGGCAUAUUUAAAUAGGCCUACUAUUUUGUAUUUCUGGUUCCAUUCUUCGUAUUCCCAUCCUUAGUGAUAUGUUAUUUUAAAUGUGUUUAUGUGUGUUGUUAUAAAUGUAACUUUUAAUGCUGGUUGUUACACUAAGGAUAUGAGAUUAUAUGAUUACUUGGAUAUUAUGACUGUGGAAAUUCUGGUAUGAAAUGAUUGAGCUUGAUUCUUUAAGAUUAUGUGUGAAUGGAAACAGACACAUUGCAUGCAGGUACUUCACUAAUUGAGUUGUAGAUAAGUAUAGUUCUUGCCUUCAUUGCUUAUGAAAACUAUUAUCGUAGUCAACGUGAAAGUCAAUUUUUCUUUGUGUUAUUGCAGUCUUCACACUGUAUCUGCAUACUCAUGUGAUACUGUCUGCUGAUAGGUGCUCUAGACAACUUUUGCCUGAUAAAAAGUGGUAUUAUCUGAUAUUUCAUAAGAAGUUUUUUCUGUAUUUAUUUCUGUGAUCUCUGCUGAUUUUUGAAGAGACAUUUGGCAAUGUUUUGCAUCAAGAAAACUUUUUACUGAAAUUAGUAAAAACUGACAAGGGGCUAAUUAAGUGCAUAGAAUAGUUUUAAAGUGAAUCACCAUCAUUAACAGCAAGGAGUGAUGAUAAAAUUCGGAGUAUUAUAAGUUAUACCUUGACCGUGACUAUUUAUCAGUUCAGCCAUACAACUGUGGUGCAGGAAUAUUGAAGGAAAUCAGUCUUCUGCACUAUGUUUGUGAGCUCAUAGUACUGCCCCAACCUUUCAUUCAGGAUAUCUGCCUUUUCUGUGGAGGAUGUGAAGUGACAUAAAUUGUGUUUUGUCAUUGUUGUUCUCCUCAUACCUAUGUAGUUACUUUGAGUAUGCUGUCAUUGUGUCCUACGUUCCACCCUUUUCCACAUUUCUCUUCCUUUUUCUCGUAUUUCAAAGAAGCUGAAUGACAUGGUAUAGUGAUUCAUAUCUGUUGUUAGUGCUCCAGAUAUAAAUGAUAUAAAUUUUCUGUCAUUUCCCCAGAUUGCAUAAAUAAAUGACAGCAUGGGUCCUUUGAACAGGACAUGGCCAAUAUCCUUUCUUAAUAAGAGUUUCUGCUCCAUCUCUUCCUCUGCCUUCCUUUCCUUCAAAGAAAGACAAUUUGAUCCCUAAAUUCAAUGUAUCUCAGCUGUACAGUGACUCCUUAAUUUAAUUUGAGGUCCAGGAUUUUAAUUAUUUAUGUUGAAAUCAUAUAACAGUAUCAGAAAAGUCUCUCUGCAUUUGUGAAUGAUAUAAUGUAGGUUUGUAAUGUAAGUGAAACAUUUUAUGCUGCAAUUCAUUUAAGAAUUCAUUCUGUUAGAAACAUGUACGUAUUGCUGUGAACAUUUUCUGUCAAGUGUUUGGAAAAUUUAAAAAUAUGGACAUGCAGUAAAAAUAUAAAUAUGAUGCCACGUGUCAUUUCUGUACAGGAUGUAAGGUGAUGGACAUUGUUUUGUCAGUGUUGUUCUCCUCAUACCUACGAAGUUACUUUGAGUAUGACAAUGUUGUGUCCUAUGUUCCAGUUUGCUACCAUUUUUCACAUUUCUAUUUCUGGUUUGUAUCUUUGAAUAAACUUUGCUGGUGAACUGAGGUAUUGUGCUGUGAAAACACACUGGUUUUUGAUACCUGUUUUCUGGAAAUAUUGGUGUACAGCUACCCCUUUGUUCCAUUUGUAAUAUUUUUUGUGCAUUGGAUUUACUUCAAUCAUCUCAUAAACAAUUGCUAGGCACUAUGUGUUCUUUGCCAAUUCCUUCAUAUUUUCAAACAGUUGUGUUACAGUUUUAGGACAUAUGUGUAUUUGUGGAAAGCUGUGGUGUCCUUACAACAAGUGUUUGUACCUUACACUUUUUCAUCGUUUUGUAUAUAUAAUAAUUAUUAGCUACAAAUGAAAUAUAUUUAUAUGACUGUAAGUAGCCCCCUAUUGUUUUAAAUAUGAUGUGUUCUUCCAAACAAGUCCAUUCUCUCUCUCUCUCUCUCUCUCUCUCUCUCUCUCAGUGUAAUGUAAAUAUUAAAGUUGUUGUAUGUGUGUUUUUAUUUACUUCCUGUUAAUUGUAAUCUUGUACGUGGAGGAAUAGUAAUGCAGACAAAUGAGUUACAUGUUAUGUCAGAUAUUUUAUGUAUGGGGAGAGAUUUCAAGACACAGAAUUGUUUGUGUUCACAGCUGUACCAUUUUAUUUUCAGACAGUUCCUUGCAUUUUUGAGGCCUUCAAAUACUCUGCUUGACACUGUGUCUUUUGUGUAUUUAAAGUCCGUAUUUGUGGUAGAUAUCCCUAAAAGAUAAUACUUCUGUGAGUAUCCAAUUGUUACGAAAGGAAUGAAUUUCUGUAUCCAUUGCCUUCUAUUGAAAAACUUGAUGUUUCUGCUGGAGAUAGGGUUGUAUUGAUCCCCAUGUGGACUCGUAGCAUUGUAUCUGCUUGCUUAACAUUGCAACUAGAACUCUGAUACAGUGAUGACAACCAACUCAAUUUGUUUACUGAUGUUCCUUCCUGUAGAACAGAAAAGAAGCUAUCACACAUACACAUAUCAGUUGUACACAAAGGAAAAAAAAUACAAACUAUGUUUGUACAAAGCAGUACUGUUCACUGCAACAGACUUUGUCUGAUAAUCAAAGCUAACAUCCAUAGAUUCUGAAGACGCCUAGCCCACCUUGUCACAGACAAAACUUUAGAGAACCUGACUGAAAGACCUGAAAAGUUAUCCUAAGACUAGCACAACAUUGCAGAUAAAAUUUAAUAAUUAUUGGAUCACUCUUUUUUUAUCUUGGGAAGUGUUCAAGAAAUUUAUGGAUAAAACUGAAAAGAGUUUACCAAAUAAGGUUUUCCAAAGCAAACCUGCUGCAAAUGAAGGACAAGUCUGUGAGUGGGGAGGACAGUGACUUAAUAUAUGGAAUAUUUGUAGAGGGCUGUGAACAAAAAACAGUGUACACAUUUCAUGAAAUUAAUUUAGUAAUGUCAUAGCAAAGUAAGAGAUAUUACACAAGUUGUCCUCAUUACAGAAUGCUGUGACCUCAUGAACCAAGUGUGUCUAUCCACGAUGGCUUCCAGCUUCUCUUAGAGCUUGCUGAAGAGAGAGACUGGAGAUCUGCUUGAUUUGAUCUGUUCACUUGCUUGCUGCCCUUUCCCUUGGUGUGUUACCCUCAAUCUUAUCAUCCAUGAUUAUUUUUCUAGAUUUUCUCUACCUCUUCUCAUAAUAUUGUUAAAGAACUGGAGAUUUAGCUGGUUAAUGUGAGAAGAAAGGCACAUAGAGAUACUGAGUUGCUCAGUAAUGGGCACUUUCAUUGUUCUUCCAGUCAAUUUUAUGCACAACUUCCUGCAUCAGCAGUAAAGUUCAGACACAUCAGUAUGCUGCUUGGUUUUAAUCUUGAGGAUUUAUGUUUCACAAGUGUUGCAAAAAGCCAGACCUUUGUGGUAUUUAUCAUCACAAUUUUCUGCCAGAUCUUACUGAGUGACUUCAUAGCCACCCAACCUAUCAUGAUCUGACAACUUGUCUUGUCUUCACAGCUUUGCACAUCACAGAUGAUUGACCCAAGAUAGAUGAAAGAAUGCACAACUUCCCGUUCCUUUAAUUCCAUGAUUUCCAGUUCCUUUAAUUGACCUCUGAGUUGGACCAGUGCUAUUGGUGCAAUUAUCAUUAGUUUGGAUUUGCUGAGAUUGAUAUCCAUAUGAUAGACUAAUGUCCUUUACUUUUGUUAGUAACUCAGCAGGUUUAUCCUCAUUACUGGUUAAAAGUAUAGUGUCACCAGCAGACCAGAGGUUUAGUCCAACCACCAAGAGGAUUCCUAAUGACAUCUUAUGCGUAUUGUAUGGUUGUGGGUGUAGGACACAACCCUGUCUUACUCCAUUUGAUACACUGAAGAAAUCAGACAUGCCAUCCCUUGUCUUCAUAGCUGCAUGGUUAUUAGUGUAUAGACUUCUGAUCAGUGCUGUCAAAUAUGGUGGAGACUGAACUCUGCAGGCACCCGCCACAACUUUUCCCAGGCAAUACAGUCAGAGGCUUUCGUACAAUUAAGAAACCAGACGAAAAUAGGAACACAGAACUAUUGCAAUUUCUCGAUUAUUUAUUAUACGUGAGAAUCUGUACAUAAGUGUCUUUUACUUCAACAAAACUUGCUUGUUCUGUAUAUAUGAGAGAUUGAAUCCACAGCUUCAAGCACAAAAUUUUGGGUGCUUGGAAUGUGAGAGCAAUGGUUCAGUAGUUGGAGCAGUUCCUGAUUGACCAUUUCCUGUGUAGGGGGAUGUGGUGAAAGACUUCGCCCAGUCUUCUGGCCACUCCCCAGUUUCUCAUAUGCUUGUACGCAAGGAAUGCAGCACAUCGAUAUCUUCCUGCCCCAUUUUUUUUUAAUCUUGUCCGUAGAUAUACUGUACUGUCUAGACCAGGGGAUUUAGUUCUUCAGAAGUUGAAAUGUUUAUCUACAUGAUCAUGAUCUUGUACAAUUUCUAGCCACUAGCAAGGUCUCCUUUAAACACAAGCCUCUCCAUGUACUCUGGUACUCUCCUCUCUCCAAAUGCUUUAUUUGACUCCUGUAGCAACUUGUUUCUUGGUCUCUCCCUUGCUCUCUUGGCUUCCAUCUGCAUCUCACGCAUCUUUCUAGACAUCGUCGCCUCGUCCAUUCUUUUCACGUGCACUUACGAUUUCAAUCUUUUUUCCUCACUAUUAUCCUGCGAAGGUUCUUCGUAUGUUAUCUCCCUAGCCCAACCAUUUCUUUCCUAAAUCAUAUACAAAACACUUUUUAACACCUAUCUGAUUUCUCAGUAAUUUAAUUUCAUUUGCUUGCUCGUUACUUUUUCCUGUUGCCAUCAUGACCUGGUUUUUCCAGUAUACAUCAGAAUUCGUAUGUAACAUGUUUCACAACAAUAUUGAAAUGUUAAAUUCUCACUCAUCACAUAGAGGUGAUGUUGAUUCAUAGACAGGCUCAAUGAAAAAGGAUGCUAGAAAUAUUCUGCUAUUGGACUAAGUCCUUCAUCAGCUAUAGAAAACUUGUACACAUUCAUUAAAGCACAACUCAAACACUUACGGUACCUGUAGUCUCCAGGUGCUAAGGCCUUAGCACCAAAGAGAAGAUGUGGCCAGAUGUAAGAGUUGUGUUUGUGUGAAUGUGUGUGAGUUUUCUAUGUCGGAAGUGGAACUUAGUCUGAGGGCUGAAUACUUCUAACAUUAUUCUUCAUUGUGCCUGUCUGUGACUCAGUGCUUCCUCCUGUGUGAUGAGUAGCGGUAUGUGCUUUCUGUAUUGUUAUUAUUCCAUUCUGAAUCUUCUAUGUCGUUCCUCACACACUCAUAAAGCUAUCAACUGGCCUCUCACAUUCACUUAUCUCUUUGUCAUUUCUUCCAUUUUGGAAAGUGCUGAAAAAUUGUUGUUGCUUGUUUAUAAACUGUCAAAAAUGUAUAUGUAGAUUGUGUUACUUGUCCACAGAUGAGUGAAAUAGUCCAGUAGAUCCAACAUAUAUUUCCAGUUUGUAUGUCUGACCUGUUAUAUAACUUUUGUCAUGUAAAUACUUUAAUGACAAUACAUAUGUACAGUAGGUGUGUAAAACACCACAUCCUGCCUUUAUAUAACACCCUUAUGUACUUUAUUGUAUUGCUAAUUGCCUCCAUCCUUGUCCAGUCUGUGGGAUUUUGUGUUCUGUGGAUGGCCAUAAUAUAACUUUAAUGAAUGAAUGAUAUUAACAAGUAAUAUUUAUUUGUACAAAAUACUUCUGAGGAAUCACAUCUUCUACAGCAGCUCCCUCUUUAUUACAGAAGUUACAAUUGUUUGCACUAUUAACAGAUGAUAUAAGUUUAUUCAUAUCAAAGCUAUGUUCGUGCUACAGAAACCAUGCAAAUUAAAUUUUUCUGUAGAUAAGUUGUUGGUUGCUGUUUAACGUUGUUUUGAAUCCAGUCCACAGUCUUGGUGAAUUCUUAUUUAUUAUUGUUACUUAAUAGAGUACAUUUCAGCAUCACAGUUUUAACAUGAAAAUUAAUCUCAGUUAAUGUAUGUGAUGAAAAAGAAGUUGUUUCUUAUUUUUUGCACAUACCGGUAUUGUAAGUGAUUCUGAUCUAUCUAAUAGUGCAUGUAACUUCAUAAAGAGACCCCCCUCUCAAACAUCCUGCCGAUAUCUCAUAAAGAACAAAUGACAUGGGUAACUACAGUACAUCAAUUUAUUCUCUUGUGACAGUAAAGAGUAGUAAAUCCAAAGUCAUGUGCAUGUUGACACGAAGCCACAAAGAGCAUCUGUGUACAAACUGCUGAAAUAGUGGCAGUUGUAUCUUAGUCAGUACUACAGAUACAGAAGCAGGAAAUUGUAUUUUAAGCUUUUGCACCCUUAUAAACACAUGUGCCGAACUACUGCAAAAGCCAAGAAAAUAUCCUGGAACAGGGGAGAGAACAGAUGCUGAUGAAGUAAUUAAGUGUAACUGCAAGACUGAAAUUUCCUGUCUCUUCUCACACCAACAGAAAUGGUCUCUGUGUCUUGAUCACGUACUUGUUUCUGUCCCUCUGUCCUAUCUUACAUUGCACUAGUGCUUUGGCUCUUUCAUCCUCUUGAGGUCACUAUUUCACAAUUUUGUUUCUUCUUCUUCUUCUUCUUCUUCUUCUUCCCUGUAUCAUUAUUAUGAAAUUGCAUUUCAGUCUUACAGCUUUCUUUUGCCUUGCUUAAUUAUUAUAUCAUUAUUUACUUUUCUGUGCUCCUCUUGCACCACAACUUUUUUUGUUUGCAUAAGAUCUUCAGUUUUUGAGUUUUGAUCUGUUAAUUAAUUUUAGCUAUUGGUUAUGCACUGAAAU